AUGAUUCGUUACAUUAUUUUAAUAUUUCUUGUAGGUCUUGUUACUGUAUUAUAUUUUGCCACCACACAACAAGUAUUAAAGCCUUCAGGAGUCGGUCCAUUGAUCGUUAUUGAUAACUUCUACCAAAUUGACCGUAACAAAAAUAUUGGCUCGGAAUCAACGACCGAGAACCAACAGACCUUUGAUAGUAAUAAGGUAGCACAUCUCAAUAGUGAUUAUUACACGUUGAAAGACAAUGUGCAAGGUAUAUUAUAUGACCGUGGUGAUGGCUGUAACACGUAUAAUCCAUACAAACCUGAACAAAAACCAGCAAAUGCAAUAAGUCCAGUACUUCCUCCUAACGUUUUUCCAAAUAAGUUUAUAGGGUUGGUUACAUCAGAUACGACUAAUUGCAGCAUCGACGAUAAAAUAAAUAAAGCAAUAGAAGAUGGUGUGAGUGGCGUAAUUAUCAUUAUGUAUGACCUUGACGUUAACAACGCUCGAAUACCCGUUUUCUCAAUCGAUUCUCAGGAUUCACCGAAAAUUACACAAUCUCUAGAAGAAAUAUAUAACAACUUUUCCAAAGGGAUUAAUGAUAACUUACCCUAUAGAGUGUUACGUGCCAGUCUUAGACCUUAUCAACCAAUAAUUGUCAGUUCAUGGCUGUUUGCAAUGUUUGCAGUGGGUGGUAUUCUGGUAAUUUCAUUCUUUGUCUCGAUUCUAAUACAUAUGAGACUUUAUCGCAUGAGAAGAAAUCAACAAGAUGAAAUUAGAAGACAACGUGAUGCUGAAGAUUUAAUGGGAAUGAAGAAAUGGACUUUGGGAAAAGAGAUUGUCAACACAUUUCCUGUCAUAAUAUAUCAAAAAAAGAAGAAAAUUGUUAAUGAUGAUGAUAGCGAUAAGAAUAGUAAUAAAGACAAUAGCUCUACAGCUACAGGUCCCGUGGCAUCAAUUAAUCGUACAGCGUCUAUGAAAUCUAUUCGCUCAACUCGCUCAACUCGGUCCACUCGUUCAGUUAAUGCUAUAAACAAUGCUACAAAUCUCUAUAAUAACAAAUCAAAAGAAGAACAUAUUAUAUUCAUGGAAGAAUCAUCGUCAUCUAUUGAUAAAAAAGACUUUUUAGAAGAAAUAGGUCAGCGUCAGCCUGAUUUAUCAUUUGCGAUGUCACAAGAAACGCUAACAAUUCCAGUUGAAUUCUUGGUGGGUAAAAUCAGUAAAAAUCAAAGUCUAGUUUUCACCAAUAUAAUCAAUGAUCUUCGUGAAAAUCUACCACCAGCUAUGAAAUAUCAUUUUCAACAAUCUCAUGGUGUCGAUUGGGCUUAUCCAGUAAAUGAACCUGAACCAUGGAAUACAAUUACAAUUUUUCGAUUAUUGGAUCGUUUCUGGUUUACUACCUUCUCUGAUGUGUUUCAAAACUCUCGUACGAUGAACGAGAUUAUUAUUAACACGAAAGAGAUUCUUGGUAAAUGGUAUAACGAACCUAUAACUGUUCGUGAGAUGAUGCAAUUCAUACAAAAUUCUGAAGCAAUUUUAAGACUAAUUCAUAAAGAUGCACACGGAGCUGGUUUGACUAUGCAUGACACAAACUUGAUGGCUGAGAAUUGGUGGGAUGAAUUCCGAGCUACACUUCAUUAA